AUGGUGGACAUUCUCGUCGGACCCGAACAAGAGCUAUUCAGAGUUCAUCUCAAAAUAUUGCCCAAGAAAGUCGCGUACUUUCAGAAGAUGUUUUCUAGCGGAUUCAAGGAAGCCGUCGAGCGCAAAGCAUAUCUACCGGAGGAUAGCCCGGAAGCCUUCCACCUCUUUCUUGAAUGGCUUUACAUUGAAAAUUUUCGAACAAGCGAUAAGGCGGACGGUAAAGACGGACUUCGUGUCAAGGUGUACUGUCUGGCAGAGAAGAUCUGUCAGCCGGAUCUAAUGGAUUACACCAUUUCCUCUAUCAUAUCCAAUCUAGACAGGGACGGCCGCAUCCUGUUGACAUCAACCAUGCUCUCUGCAUACAAGUCUUCAGACCCGGACUCUAAGCUUCGCAAAUUCGUUGCCCGGUGCUUUUUCUACGCACUCUAUUCGGACCCGAACUCUAACGGGGAUUGGAACAUCGAAGAGCUGUCUGAGGCUAUGAACGCAAGUCAGGACCUAUGCAGAGAUGCAUUGACCCUUGUACGCGAUCUAUUGCAGUAUGGUGGAAGCAGGGUUGACCCUCGAAGACUGGCCAAAUGUACAUUUCAUACUCACGAGAAAGGUGCAGCUUGUUCAUACAAGGGCGAUGUGCCGUGA